CAGUGAUCUCCUUUUCUAAUACCAGAACCCCACCUCCUUAACUCUCUCUCUCUCUCUGAUCUGAUGGAGAGCUACCCAACAUAUUUUAGCUGUUCAUCUGCAACACCGGCAGCUUCUUCUUCCUUGUCACUGAACAUGGCAAAUUCUCAUGCUUACAAUGAAUUCCAAGGUAGCAAGUCAAAUGGAUUCUUGGGACUGAUGUCGGAGAUGGAUGUUCCAGUUUCAAACACAAAUGAUAAUAAUCCUCAGAGCAGAAACUGUGUGGGAUCUGAAACUGAUCAUCAUGCGAAGUUGGGGAAGAAAAAGGGAGAGAAGAAGGUGAGAAAGCCAAGAUAUGCGUUCCAAACAAGGAGCCAGGUCGAUAUACUGGAUGAUGGUUAUAGGUGGAGGAAAUAUGGGCAAAAGGCAGUGAAGAACAACAAAUAUCCAAGAAGCUACUACCGGUGUACACACCAAGGCUGUAACGUCAAAAAGCAAGUUCAGAGACUAACUAAAGACGAAGGGAUCGUCGUUACAACUUAUGAAGGCAUGCAUUCACAUCCGAUAGAGAGGUCUACUGAUAACUUUGAGCACAUCUUGAGCCAGAUGCAAAUUUACACCACCUUUUAAAGGAAGAGAUCGGGAACUUGCAUGCAAAUGAUCAUCGAUCAGAGAUCAAGUACUCGAGAUGAAUACUUGUGUAAAUUCUGUGUUUUUAAAUAAUUCCUCAGAAUAAAAGCAAAGCCAUCAGGAUUACAUGACCCCUUGAUCAGCCCUUUUUAUACGUCUGUAGUGACCAAAAACAUGUAGUUUCGUCUUAAAUGAAACUUAUCCUGAUGAAA